CAAUGGAAUUCUUUCCCUUGCGCUGGAGCAUGCGCUGGCACUGGCGCUUAAGAUCAUUUCUUCCUGCCACAUAACUCGACUCUUCUUACUCCAGUCAACAUGCCUUCGAACGGACACUUGAGAACACGCAAAUGUCUGCAACACGUACGUUUCGCGAUCUCCCUCGACUCCCUUCCAUACCCGCCAAUACUGAUGGCUUGAAGAGAAUUGGUUUGCGGGCCUUAAGAGUAGGAGGGUCACUGCCUCCAGCAAGACCUCAUUAAGACAAGCACCGCGCUCACUUGACGGGUCAAUCCUCGAUCCCACUUCGGCUGAAAGGUUUGGAAGGACUACCCGAUCUUCUAUCAAAAACAUUCCGGCGCCGCUGAUAUCCUCAAUCAAUACACAAACCGCUGAAUCACAGCCACUCGAUUCUGUCCAACUGGCUGCGACAACGACUGGGGAACCAACGCAGGCUCCGCAACGCACACCAGGAAAACGGAAACGCAAAUUCAAAUGAAAGGAACCGAACAAGCGACAGUGGGAAGGCGGUUCACAAUCUGUGGCGGAGUUGACUUCGUCUAAGGAUCUUCUCAAUUGGAAGAAUUUGGAAAGACUCAACAGCGAGACAGCAUUGGAGGCAUCUGAUGGAAUGGCAGAAAAGAAGAGGACACUCUCGCGUCGAUCGAGCAUUGCAGAGACGAAUCACGAUGCAGCAUCCGUAUCCUCGCAGAAAACAUCUCUCUCGCUUUCUGAUUAUCGCUUAAACUCAUUGGACCGUGCCAGGAUCGUCUUUCAGCACCGAUGUCUCCCAGAACACCUCAAGCACAGGGUUGACGCCAUCAUCCAGCCUAAGCUCGACAAAGAAAAAGAAACCCUCGUUUUCGCUAUCGCGGAUGACUUAUGCGACGAUUUUCCCGACGUUUUGGAAGUAGCGAGUAGAGAAGAAGACUGUGUUGAACUGAUAUACCAGGCUCUGGAAGCAAUGAACCGCAGGCUUUUUAGGAAAGCUUUUGCUUUCCGAAGGAAAGCAGACUGGGAUCCGACCCUGAAACCCAAGGCUCAACGAAAGGUCAACCACUUCGAAUCUCCUCCGGACAAGUCUCUUGAUGAUACAGGUGAUUCCACAAGCCGACCGAAUAAGCGGCAGCAGGCAGAGAUGCCUUUCAUUUCGCCCGAGAGUUCCGAGAUGACCAUGCCACCACCACCGCCUCCGCCAAAGCUUGACAACAACUGUGUCAAGAACCCUCGCCCGGAUAUUACAAUGGGAUUUUUCCACGCCGUCGUUGCAAAGAAAUUGGUAUCGUCAGGAGUCAACAAGCUGGAUGCCGAGGAGAUGUUAAAGGAUCUGCAGUACGAAGAGGAACUUCUGUCCAGUCCCAAUCUUGCCGCUCUUCAUAUACGCUUUCCUUCCCUGGUCGUUGAAGGGAAGUCGUAUGCAAUUGGUAGGAGUAUGUACGAGGCUGAAAACCAGGCCGCUGGAUCUGGAAGCUGCAUGCUCGUCAUACAGAGUCGGCUCGCCGAGCUCACUGAACGUCGCUCUGCAGGAACGUAUCAGGGCAAGGAACCUCUUGCCUUCUCCAUUACCCACGAAGGGCCUAUCCUCCUGCUCUGGUUACAUUACAUCACAUCGCUAGAAAAUGCGCGCUUCUACAACUUGCAUGUUCUGAGCGUUUGCCAUGCGACGAUCCGGUCGACAAGUAGGGAAUUCUUUCUAGCAUUGGCAGGGGUUAUGGAAUGGGCCAGUACUGAAGUUUUGGAUGGUAUCGUCAAGCAACUGGUAUUGAUUUGGAAAUCUGCACAGAAGCAGACUGUGUAAUUCAUGCUACGCCUUGCAUCUUGGGAAGCUACUGGACCCUAAGUUCUUUUUGUUCGAAAGUUGAGUAUUGCUCCCAGAUGGGAGUUUGCUUCCUCUGGUUCCAUUCGAUAUUCUUCUCGAAUUUGAUCAAUUUCCCGGUCAA